UACAGGGAGAGGGAACACCGCCAGCAAGCAUCCUCAACUCUCUCAUCCUCUCUGCUGGACACCAGGAGCUCCGACAACAUGAAAGGUUUGAAGGCCGUCACAUCAACUUAUGUGCUCAGCUUGUUACUGCUAGCAUCAUUUAUCUCGCAGUCGUGGAGCGCACCGAAGGGCUCUUUCCAACGGAGAAACUGGACGCCGCAGGCUAUGCUGUACCUCAAGGGCACUCAGGGACGAAGGUUCAUCUCAGAGGACCGAAAAGAAGGAGAUGUCUAUGACACAUUACACUUAGAGACCCGCAGUCAGAACACAGAGAAGCUCAGCGUGGACCAGGCAGCCACCGUCCUGCUUAACUUCCUGCAACAGGCCAGAGAGGGAGCAGAUGAAAACCCAGAUGAAGUGUAUUUCCAGGAGCUGCCAGUGUGGAAGAGAGAAUACUUCUGA